AUGUUCUCGGUAGAAGUGUAUUUCGACAUGCUUCUCGGACGAGACUACGGUAGCCUUGCACACUUUCACUUUUUGAAAACGCUCAGGCUUCUUCAAGCAAGAAUAAACAAUCCCAAAGACCCAACGUCUAUCUCAGACGCGACUAUCAUGGUAGUUGUUAUCCUGGGCCUAGCAGCUGAGAUGAUAGGUGACCGGACAGCAGCUGAGAACCAUGCUACUGGUAUGGCAAAGAUAGUGGAUUUGAGGGGUGGGCUUGAGAUGUUGAGAUUUGAUAAUCCCAGAUUACCGGCCAAAGUUUGCAGAGUUGAUAUUGGCCUAGCCCUUCGCUUCGGCUGCAAGCCAGUCUUUUUCGACAAAGACAUGUCCUGGAACCCAUACCUUUCCAGUCAAGAUUUCGUUCGCGGUAAAAGGAAGCAUCCGGAUACGAACCACGACAUGGAAGCCUUUUUGAAAACUCUUGAUCCUAGAUUAUCAAACGUAUGGAGAGAUCUCGAAGAGUUCGCAAAGCUCAGCAACAUCGCCAGCCAAACUGGUCGGAAACUUCAACCCAAUAUCUUUAGCGAAGCCAUGGUAUCUAUUCUGUACCGACUACUCGCUCUGUCUCCCGAAUCAGCUUCAGAGAAUGCUUUCCGACUUGGAAUGAUGACGUUCGCUGCAUCUAUCUUCUUUCGAUGGAGGGAUAUGAAGCAAAGGCAAGCAUAUCUGGAUGAUUCCUUCACGGAUGCCUUAAUAGAGUUGAAGAAGGCCGCGACUCGGCCGCCUUCUACUGUUCUUUUGUGGCUUUUGAUGAUUUGGAGAACAAAUUCUGUUCAAGGUGGCGGUGAUCAAGCCAUUGAGGGGUGGAUUUUGGAGGUUAUGGAUGGUUUGGCGAUAUGUUCAUGGUCUGAACUUCAUAACGUCUUGAAAUCUGUUCUUUGGGUUGAUUGUUUGUUCGAUGCAUCAAGCAAACGAAUCCUUGAGCCUACACUGGAGAAGGCUGCUAGAAAAGGGGCGGGGGUUGAUUCAUGA